AUGAACGAAGCGAAACGUUCAUUACAACGUGGUGAACCCCGAAACUCACCUGUACCAAGACAACAACAUAACCCAUCAACCCAACCCAGUCGUUAUUUAAUGUCUGCUCUACCUCGUUCCAGUUAUAUGCGUCAUCGCGCCCUUGUUUCCGGUUCAACUUCGACCGGUCACGCCUCAUUCCGGUCCGGCCAGCAUGGGUCCGCGCAUUUGCAGCGUCAUCUGGGUCUGAGACGCGAUGAUCUGACCGAGAGCCGUGGAGCGAAUUCCGCUGAUGAUGAUGACUAUGAGGACGAGUAUUCUGAUUCCCACAUCCCGGAUAUAGAGGAACUCGAAGCGGCAGAUAUGUUGCGCGAAGCCCAACAUUCCGGCUAUGCAUCGGACGACUCUGUGGGUUCGUCAUCCUAUGAGGCGGAGCACUACAGACAUGGCCUUUCAAGAUAUCGCGAAGAUGACAUUCCCGAUGACGACGAUGAGGAUGUCGAAGAUGAUGAGCUCAUUGUGGAACCAUUAGCAGACUUCCCAGAUGAACAGCCACGACAGCACCAUCACCAACGCAACGCUCCGCGCACAUUUGUCCCUUCUCAUUCGCAACGCCCAGUCUCAUUUCCCAGCGCGUCCAGAUCAAACCAAUCGGUUGGAUUUUCCGGACGCGCAAUGAAUCAUUACAUGCGUUACUAA